CUUCUUGCCCCAACGGCCAUAUUGUUUACUCAGCAUUUAAAUAUUUAAAAGCCCUUGAUGUAGUGGGGAUAUCGUUGAUGAGCUUCUGAAUGAACUUUUCCUCGCCCCAUUAUCAAACGCACUGCAUUUCCAUAAAGGGGCUUAUCAAGUAGGUGCCAGAAAAGUCGUAGAAAGUCGUUCGUUUAGUACAGUGUUUACAGUGUAGAUAUACCAUUCUACAAAAAAUAGUGUUUUUUUUUUAUUUGGAGUGAACCUAUAUUUUUACAUUAUUCAUAGAAAUUCUAUCUAGAUUUUAUUCAAAUGACAUGCAUCAAACCUGCAUUAAUUGUCAGUCGUAAAUCAUUGAUAAUGGUAUUUACAUAAAGUGCAAGCCCUAUAUACCCUCAUUUUUACAUUUUAUUUAUACGAUUCUACAUCAAAAAAUGUCCUUCGAAAACACCGAGGGCCACGUCCUACGCCAAACCAAAUUGAAAGUGGCCAGGAACUUAUUCGACGCUGUCCGUUCGCCCCCCGUUGGAAACUACGAUCGAUUUAUACCUUGCAGGACUAACAACAAUUGGGAAACUAGUUUUGCUACGAUGCCCGAUCCGAAUAAGACUCCGCUCAGUGGGAAAAAGAAUAAUAGGGAUAGUGGAGAGAAUGCAAGAGACUCUUCUGUUUACAAUAUACUUUUGAGGAACGAAAUUUUGGGCGAGAAGAUUGAGGAUGUGAAGAGCCAGUGUGACGACAGGCAAGCUUUGACUCCGAUCAAGAGCAGGAAUUUGUUUAGAUAUGGAACUCCUUCAAAGAAAAACUCAUACCAAAAUGACAGAACCCCAAUGAAAUGCCAGGCCAGCCCCUAUUCCCUAUCGCCAUUGAGCACAGCUAGUCAAAGACUGUUACGAUCUCCCCAUAAAGCUACAAGAAAAAUUUCUAGAAUACCAUUUAAGGUUUUGGACGCACCAGAACUCCAAGACGACUUCUACCUAAACCUGGUCGAUUGGUCCGUACAAAACGUUCUCAGCGUAGGUCUGGGAAGCUGCGUCUACCUUUGGAGCGCGUGCACUAGUCAAGUAACCAGACUUUGUGACCUGUCAAGUGACGGCAAUGUGGUAACCUCGGUUUCGUGGAGUGAAAGAGGUAACCAGGUGGCUGUAGGAACUCACAAUGGCUACGUAACAAUUUGGGAUGUGGCGGUCAAUAAACAAGUCAAUAAAUUGGUUGGACAUUCGGCCAGAGUCGGAGCCCUGGCUUGGAACGGAGACGUUUUGAGUUCGGGUAGUAGAGACAGGAUGAUUUUGCAGCGGGAUACCAGAACACCACAAAACGUAACAGAAAGAACACUCAUAGGCCAUAGACAAGAGGUGUGCGGUCUCAAAUGGUCUCCGGAUAAUCAGUAUUUGGCAUCGGGCGGUAACGACAAUAGACUCUAUGUCUGGAACAUGCAGUCUCUAUCGCCCGUUCAAACUUACACCGAUCAUUUAGCAGCUGUCAAAGCUAUCGCUUGGUCUCCCCAUCAUCAUGGCCUGCUGGCUUCCGGAGGCGGAACCGCCGACAGAUGUAUCCGGUUUUGGAAUACUUUGACUGGACAACCGAUGCAGUGUGUUGAUACAGGAUCUCAAGUGUGUAACCUGGCAUGGUCCAAGCAUAGUUCAGAAUUGGUCUCGACUCAUGGUUACUCACAAAACCAAAUACUCGUCUGGAAAUAUCCAAGUUUAACGCAAGUGGCUAAACUCACAGGACACUCGUAUAGAGUUUUGUACUUGGCGCUGAGCCCUGAUGGUGAAGCUAUUGUAACUGGAGCAGGAGACGAAACUUUACGUUUUUGGAACGUAUUCAGCAAAGCUCGAUCUCAAAAGGAGACCAGGAGCGUGCUUAGUUUGUAUACUGGAAUCCGUUAAUGUAUUUACUUGCUUCAAAAUUACAUUUUGGGUUGGUUUCCAAUGUUAACAAAAAAAUAUACUUCCAUGAAGUAAUCAACUAUUUAGACAUUAUAUUUUUUAUUUAUUGUAAUGAAUGUAUUAUACAUAUUUUAAUUAUUUUUUUUUUGUGAUACGGGUGGGAAUGAAAGGUAGGUUUUUUUUUGCCUUUGACAAAUUUUAUUUUUACUUUUGUGGGGCAAAGUUGAUCUUGUUUUUAUUUUUAAAAUAAUUUCAAGAAAUGUUUGGAGUAAAAUUAAGUGGGAACUGUUUGAGUAAUAAGCGAGUUGUUUGGAAAAUGAAAGCAGUCAAACUGCAGUGCAUGUGUGGGUGAUAAAAUUGAUGAAAAUUAUGUGUAUUUGAUUUUUUUUUAGCUAGUAGUUUCUUUGUUGCAAUAUUAUUUAUCUUUAUAAUAUUAUGAUUUAUUAUUAGAGAUGUGAAAUUAAUAAAUGUUUAUUGUGAUUUUUCAGCUGAA